AUGAAGUCAAUCCAUCUCGGUGUCACAUCCUCGCGCGCCAGCCUCUGGCUAGCCGUCGUCUCCUCUCUUUUCCUCCCCCGCAUCUCAGCGAAUUCUUGCCAGCCGUAUAUUUGGGACUCCCUUUCUUCCAUGCGCAUCGCCUCCGUCGACGAUCCCGUCGACAUAAGUCCGACCGAGGGCGAACCCUUGCCGGUAGUCAACCCGGGCGAGAUCAACUGUCGGUUUUGGACGAACACGCCCGAGGAAGUCGACUACUACACAUGCUCACGGCUGGCACGGCGCUACCUAAUGCCCGUCGACCAAGUCUUCUUCCUGAAACCUGAGUUAGACAAGGACUGCAGCAACAUCCAGCCCCAGACUGAGUACUGCGUCGAAGGAUUGAGGACUGCACCCCCGGCAUCUGCUACGAGGGCAUCUGUGAUGGCGACCAUAUCUAAUACAGCACCGACGGAACGUGCGGCCGCUGGGGAAACUGCUGUAGCACAGAGGGCCGGUGUGGCACGGCUGACGCCUUCUGCGGCAUCUUCACCUGCCAGAGUGGCGGCUGUGACAUCUGGAAACAGGACAAGCAGCCAGCCGGCCGGCACAAAGUGGACGAAAGGCGGCACCUGUGGCGGCACAGAGGGAAUGAGGUACUUGGCCGAGUGGGGUAGAUGCUGCAACGUGAACGGCAUCUGCGGCGAAACGCCGGCCGACUGUUAUGUCGAGCGGGGGUGCCAGGACGCGUUUGGAGUCUGCGCCUCAAACUCGACAUCCGCUGUAUCCAUGUCCGCUGCCGUUUCGACUUCAACACCUCCAGGAACCAUGACUUCAGGCACCACUGCAAGCGCAAGCACGUCCACUGUGGCCCCUGCCCCUGCUUGCACCGGCGGCUCGAACGCGCCGGGCAUCACAGAUAACCUAAAAGGCCUGUGUUCAUACAGUUGUGACUAUAAUCACUGCCCCGUCGGCGCAUGCGGACGCACUGGGCCGGCUGCAGAGCCAGCCACCGGUAUACCAGGCUGCCACGGCUGUCCAGCUGACAACAUCACUGAGGACCUGGGUUAUUAUGAAGACCUCUGCAAGUUUACUUGCAGUCGCGGAUACUGCCCACCAGGUGCCUGUAAGUACUUUGAGAUUGGGUUAAAGUACCAAAGUAACGCCGAAACUUAG